GUCGUCUUCGGCGAUUCUCGGGAGAGAUCGAUCAUUGUUGUGUUUUUCUUAUAAUUUUACGGGAUUUUUUGCGGAUUGUGAAGAUGAAUAUUAAGGAAAAGGAAAAAUAUAUCGAAGAAUUUGAUUUUCCUUUCUGCGAUGAGUCCACAAAAUACGAGAAAGUUGCGAAAAUCGGACAGGGUACUUUUGGAGAGGUGUUCAAGGCCCGGGACAAAAAGAAUUCCAAGAAAUUCGUAGCUAUGAAGAAGGUUCUCAUGGACAACGAAAAGGAAGGGUUUCCAAUCACUGCCUUGAGGGAGAUCAGGAUUCUCCAGCUGUUGAAGCACGAGAAUGUCGUCAAUCUCAUUGAGAUCUGUAGAACCAAAGCAACACAGUACAAUCGUUAUCGUUCCACAUUCUAUCUGGUCUUUGAGUUCUGCGAGCACGAUCUCGCUGGAUUGCUCUCUAAUGUCAACGUCAAAUUCAGUCUGGGGGAGAUUAAAAAAGUUAUGCAACAAUUGCUGAACGGACUCUACUGCAUUCACAGCAACAAAAUUCUUCACAGGGAUAUGAAAGCAGCGAAUGUUCUCAUAACGAAGAAUGGAAUUCUCAAGCUCGCUGAUUUCGGCCUUGCGAGGGCUUUCAGUGCCAGUAAAAAUGGCCAAGCCAACAGAUAUACCAACAGAGUUGUUACUUUAUGGUACAGGCCCCCAGAAUUGUUGUUAGGUGAUAGGAAUUAUGGCCCUCCAGUGGAUUUAUGGGGGGCUGGAUGUAUUAUGGCAGAAAUGUGGACAAGAUCCCCAAUAAUGCAGGGGAAUACAGAGCAGCAGCAGUUGACACUGAUCUCGCAACUCUGUGGAUCGAUAACAACAGAAGUUUGGCCGGGAGUGCAGAAUUUGGAUUUAUUCAAUAAGAUGGAUCUCCCCAAGGGACAGAAACGCAAAGUGAAGGAGAGGUUGAAGCCCUACGUGAAGGACGCAUAUGCCUGCGAUCUCCUGGACAAACUCCUCAUCCUGGAUCCCAGCAAGAGGUACGAUUCUGAUUCGGCUCUGAAUCACGAUUUUUUCUGGACUGAUCCCAUGCCCUGCGAUCUCAGCAAAAUGUUGGCACAGCACUCUCAGAGUAUGUUCGAGUACCUGGCACCACCUAGGAGGUCUCAGCACAUGCGACAUGUCCAUCAAGCUGUACCUGGUGGUCCUGCCAAGCCCAGCACUAGUAUGGCUGACAGUGGAUAUCAGGAUCGCGUGUUCUAGAUUAUUAUAAAGCUCAAAACUCAUCUGUGGUUUUCACCGUUACUUCGGAGAUUCUUUUUGUCGAUUACUUUCGAUCAUCUUCAGAUAAUAACCACGUUAACUGACUGCAAAUUAAUUAAUUGAUUCGAAGCCUUGUAAUUAUAUUUUUGUACUGAUAAGGAAAAUUAAUAUUAAUUAUUUAAUAUUGGGUUGUGAUUGCUCUCCACGAAUAAUCAUUCUGGUAAUAUUUACUUCUCGUGGUAAUGUUGAGUAUAAAAAUGUUAGGGAAUUAAUAAAUUAUCAAUCGAUGAAAAAUUGA